AAUAAUAUGAUAUUAACUAGUUAUAGUUUUAAAAUAAAUAAUAAUAUAUUAUGAGCCAUGCUCGAACUCGAGUACUAAUUAGUUAAAACUCGACUCGAUUCAACCCCAUUUGCAGCAGUAUGUAAGUGCCAAUCUCUGAGUUUUGUGGAUGACAAGUGUUCUUCUCAAGGUUUGUGAGAUCGUACAUGAAAAGUCAACGAUAAAGUAUUUUAUGGUGAAAUUGUGAUUUAAUCAUAGUUCAACUGUUAAUACCACUAAAUAUCGUCAACAUAUUUAGAAUAUUUUGCGAUUAAACCACCGUCACCGUACGGUUGGUUCUUCUACAAAACUUUUCGGGGCAACCUUGCGAAGAAAUGGGCCAGCUGACUAGAACUACCCCAUAAAAAGCGUGGGCUUGUUUAUUGGGCCAUAACCCGCCAUAACCAGGCUAGAAUCCGGGUCGAACCAAACAAAACCCUAAACCACAGAACGAGCCACAUAUAAAUACUUCUCAAACGCAGCGGCGACAACUGACAGCGGACGAUCGGCUAGAGAGCUCAAGAGAGCGGCGAACAGAAGAGCGCGAGAAAAUGCAGAUCUUCGUGAAAACCCUAACCGGCAAGACCAUCACCCUCGAGGUCGAGUCGAGCGACACCAUCGACAAUGUCAAGGCCAAGAUUCAGGACAAGGAAGGUAUUCCUCCGGACCAGCAGAGGCUGAUCUUCGCCGGUAAGCAGCUGGAAGAUGGUCGUACUCUUGCGGAUUACAAUAUCCAGAAAGAAUCGACUCUUCAUCUGGUUCUGAGGCUUCGUGGUGGGAUUAUUGAGCCAUCGUUGAUGGCUUUGGCCAGGAAGUAUAACCAGGAGAAGAUGAUCUGCCGCAAGUGCUAUGCACGUCUCCACCCCCGUGCUGUCAACUGCAGGAAGAAGAAGUGUGGACACAGCAACCAGCUGAGGCCGAAGAAGAAGAUCAAGUAGACUGUUAAUCUGGUUGCCGGGAUGCAUUUACUGUUAGGUUACUGGUCAUUAUUCUCUUUUGUUGGUGUCGCAAAUUUUGAUGUAACAGUGUUAUCCCUCGAAUGCUAGUACUGGGUUCGUUGAUCCAUUUUUUGUGGCUUGCUAGUACACUUCUGGCACUGAAACCUUAAUGCAAUGAACUGCUGUUUUGAACACUUCUGGUUUAGAACGUGACUUCGCGUUUAAAUGCUGUUGCCAGCUCAAGUAUGCGGUGGCUAUACUCGUACAGUAGCGCACUCUGCACGAUCCAUAUGUCCAUGAUGAGCUUAGUUGCUCGGCAUAGGCAGUCUAGUUAUCUGGCAUGACAUAAGUUCUCGGUAAAAAAAAGGGUUCAAUACG